GACUUUUGUUGCUUGUAAAAAAAAUGAAGCAAAUUUUCUUUGUGUUAACAGUACUCCUGUGGCACGCCACUGCGCAACCACCGCCGGCGGUGGUGAUACCGCCGGACGGUCAGGAGUACCUGGAUGCCCACAACCAAGCGCGGGCCGAAGUUGGUGUCGGCCCGCUCAAGUGGAACUUCCAGCUGGCGAAAGCCACAAGUUUACUAGUCCGGUUCCAGCGCGACCGAGAGAACUGCCGGUUUGCGAAUUUAACAAGCGGAAAGUACGGCGGCAACCAGAUGUGGGCCACUGGAGAGGUGGUGACCCCGCGGAAGGUGGUCGAGAAUUGGGUCUCGGAGAAAAUGUACUACACUCACGAAAACAACUCGUGUGCACCCGACCACCGGUGCGGGGUGUACACGCAAGUCGUGUGGCGGAACUCGGCCGAGCUCGGGUGCGCUCUAGCGAGUUGUCUUUCGGAUCAGUCAACAUUGGCUAUAUGCUUUUAUAAUCCUCCUGGAAAUGUGAUCGGAGAAAGCCCAUAUUGAUCAAAAGAGGGUUUUGAAGCAGCCAAAAUAAGUUUUUAAUUGUUUUUUCUUUCUUUUUUUUAAUUAAUUGAUGUUUAGCUGGCCAAUGUAGCAUCUGGAUCUGUUAUGCAGUAAUGAGUUGUACUCUGUUGUCCAAUAACAAUGCAGUAAUGUACACCUUUUAUUGCAUAA